AUCAAUACAUGAACGCCCGCCAUCAAAGUUAAAAUGGCACCAUCACCCUCUGCAUAUUCCAUCCUUCUUCUCUGAUUCCAAAAUUCCCCCGUCCCCCCAAAAACAGACCAUCGUAUCCGUUUCACCGGCCGAAAUGUCAAUGGCUUAUUCUUCCAUGCAACACUUCCCUUCUCUGCUUCUUAUCUGUUUUCUCCUUCUCUUCUCCAAGAUCAAAUCCGAUGAACUUCAAAUACUACUAAACCUUAAAACUUCACUUAAGAAAUCAAAUACUCAUGUAUUUGAUUCUUGGGAGUCAAAUAAACCCAUAUGUGAAUUCACAGGAAUUACCUGUAAUUCAGAUAAGUCAGUCAAAGAAAUCGAGCUUUCGAGUCAGAACUUAGAGGGUGUCCUUCCUCUUGAUUCAAUAUGCCAGCUCCAAUCUUUGGAUAAGCUUUCUUUUGGUUACAACUUCUUGCACGGUACCAUCACGAAUUACUUGAACAACUGCACAAAGUUGCAAUAUCUCGAUCUUGGCAACAAUUUGUUCACUGGGCCAUUCCCUGACAUAUCAUCUCUCAGUCAAUUACAGCACCUGUAUUUGAACCAGAGUAGGUUCAAUGGCGGUUUUCCAUGGAAGUCGCUGCAAAACAUGACAGGUCUCGUUACUCUAAGUAUCGGGGACAAUACAUUUAAUCGAGCUCCGUUUCCAAAUGAAGUUGUCAAGCUAACAAAACUGAAUUGGCUUUACAUGACGAAUUGCAGCAUCGAAGGCACAAUUCCUGAAGAAAUUGGAAAUCUUAUCGAGCUCAAAAACUUGGAGCUUAGUAGCAAUUAUCUAUCCGGAGAGAUUCCUUCUCAGAUAGUAAAGCUACGAAAUCUCUGGCAGCUCGAGCUCUUCAACAACAGCUUGACGGGAAAGUUGCCGGUCGGGUUUGGAAACUUGACAAAGCUGGAAAAAUUUGAUGCGUCGACGAACAAAUUAGAAGGUGAUUUGUCUGAAUUGAGAUUUUUGACCAAUUUGGUCUCUCUGCAGCUAUAUAUGAACGAGCUUUCUGGUGAAAUUCCAGCAGAGUUCGGUGAAUUCAAGAAACUUGUGAAUGUUUCGUUGUACCAGAACCAGUUAACAGGUCCUCUUCCUCCAAAGCUUGGUUCUUGGACUGAUUUUGAUUUUAUUGAUGUGUCCGAGAAUCAGUUGACCGGCUCAAUUCCGCCAGAUAUGUGCAAGAAGGGGACUAUGACUCGGCUUCUCGUGCUUCAAAACAACUUGACUGGCGAAAUUCCGGCUGGCUAUGCAAACUGUAAAACGUUAUUGAGGUUCAGAGUCAGCAACAACCGGCUUUCUGGCAAGGUUCCUGCUGGAAUUUGGGGAUUGCCCGAGGCGAAUAUAAUUGACAUCGAGAUGAAUCAAUUCGAAGGUCCAGUGACCUCUGAUAUUGGAAACGCUAAAGCUCUCGGUCAAUUGUUGCUCGGAAACAAUCGCUUAUCUGGUGAAUUACCAGAAGAGAUUUCGAAAGCUACGUCAUUGGUUACAGUCCAGUUAAAUGACAAUCUGUUUUCGGGAAAAAUUCCAAAUAAAAUUGGUGAACUCAAGCAGUUGAGCAGUCUUCAUUUGGAAAACAAUAUGUUCUCUGGUUCAAUACCGGAUUCAUUAGGCUCAUGUUAUUCUCUCACUGACGUGAGCAUGGCUCAUAAUUCGCUUUCUGGUGAAAUCCCAUCCACUUUGGGGCUUCUACCAACUUUGAAUUCUCUAAAUUUGUCGGAGAAUGAGAUUUCAGGUCAUAUUCCAGGAAGCUUGUCUUCUUUGAGACUAAGUCUUCUUGAUCUAUCCCACAAUAGAUUAUCUGGUCCAAUACCUCAAUCUUUAUCAAUUGAAGCUUACAAUGGUAGCUUCACUGGAAAUCCUGGUCUCUGUAGCCGGACAAUUAGCUCUUUUCAGCGAUGCUACCCUAAAUCCAGUAUCUCCAAGGAGGUCCGUACGCUCAUCCUUUGCUUUUCUGUGGGUUCAAUGAUUUUGCUCGCUUCACUCGCAUGCUUCUUCCACUUGAAGAAGAGAGAAAAGUAUCAUGACCGCUCAUUGAAGGAAGAAUCUUGGGACUUGAAAUCUUUCCAUGUGUUAACCUUCACCGAGGAUGAGAUUCUUGAUUCAAUUAAACAAGAGAAUCUGAUAGGAAAAGGAGGGUCCGGCAACGUGUACAGAGUAGCCCUCGCCAAUGGCAAAGAACUAGCAGUGAAGCAUAUUUGGACUGCAAAUUCUACUAGCACUAAGAAGAGCAGGAGCACUACACCAAUUUUAGGAAAAGAGGCAAGAAAAUCUAAGGAAUUUGAUGCAGAGGUGGAGACCUUGAGCUCAAUUAGGCAUGUCAACGUGGUGAAGUUGUAUUGCAGCAUUACCAGUGAGGAUUCAAGCCUUUUGGUCUAUGAGUAUAUGCCAAAUGGGAGCUUAUGGGACCGAUUGCAUGCAUCAAGGAAGAUGGAGCUUGAUUGGCAGACGAGGUACGAGAUUGCUGUGGGGGCAGCUAAGGGUUUGGAGUAUCUACAUCAUGGGUGUGAUAGACCCAUAAUUCACCGCGAUGUGAAGUCUAGCAACAUUUUAUUGGAUGAGUUAUUCAAGCCUAGAAUUGCUGAUUUUGGACUUGCUAAGAUGAUUCAAGCCAAUGGUGGCAAGGACUCCACCCAAGUCAUUGCAGGAACCCAUGGUUAUAUAGCUCCUGAAUAUGGGUAUACAUACAAAGUGAACGAGAAGAGUGAUGUGUAUAGCUUUGGCGUGGUGUUAAUGGAGCUGGUGAGUGGAAAGAGGGCAAUAGAGCCAGAAUAUGGAGAUAACAACGACAUAGUAGAUUGGGUCAGCAGCAAAUUGCAGACUAAACAGAGUGUGUUGAGUAUAGUGGACUCAAGAAUUCCAGAAGCUUUCAAGGAAGACGCUGUCAAGGUGUUGAGAAUUGCAAUUCUCUGCACUGCAAGGCUUCCAGCAAUGAGACCAGCCAUGAGAAGUGUAGUCCAAAUGUUGGAAGCAGCUGAGCCGUGCAAGCUGGUGAGCAUUGCGAUCAGUAAAGAUGGUGCUCUUAACAUGAGAAAGGAAGUGAGAGAUACGGAGAAGUACAACCCAGAUCAGUAAUUAACUUCUCUUCCCGAUUGCGUCAGUCUAGUUCGAAGAUCUUCGAAAGAAUUUCCGUAUGCUGGUCUAUAACAUGUAUCAUAUAAUUGCUUGUAUAAUAUUAGCUAGAGUCUGUAGUUUUUGUGUGUGUAAUCUGCAAAAUUAGCCUAGACCCGAGGCUCCUUUUUCUCUACUCUUUUUGGUACUUGUAAGGGUGACGAAGAUGCUAAAAUCAAUAAACAGAUGGACCAUUUUGUUGUCAAA